CCAGGAGCUCGGGCCGAGAGUGUGCGAGGAAGAUGUCGAGCCCGGGUAUUGACGGCGACCCCAAGCCUCCAUGCUUGCCUCGAAACGGUCUGGUGAAGCUACCAGGCCAGCCCAACGGCCUGGGUGCAGCCAGCAUCACCAAGGGCACGCCAGCUGCCAAGAACCGCCCCUGCCAGCCACCACCCCCACCUACCCUCCCACCACCCAGCCUGGCUUCCCCCCUGCCCCGGGCUCCCCUGGCUGGGGGCCCGUGCCCCCCAACAGGUGGACCAGCCUCAGCUCCAGCACCUGGAUCACCAGCAGAGCGGCCAGUGCUGGCCACGGACGAGAAGAUCCUCAAUGGCCUCUUCUGGUACUUCUCGGCAUGUGAGAAGUGUGUGCUGGCCCAGGUGUGCAAGGCCUGGCGGCGCGUGCUCUACCAGCCCAAAUUCUGGGCGGGCCUCACACCAGUGCUGCACGCCAAGGAGCUCUAUAAUGUGCUGCCUGGGGGUGAGAAGGAGUUCGUGAACCUGCAGGGCUUUGCUGCACGAGGCUUUGAGGGCUUCUGCCUGGUCGGGGUCUCCGACCUGGACAUCUGUGAGUUCAUUGACAACUAUGCUCUCUCCAAGAAGGGCGUCAAGGCCAUGAGCCUCAAGCGCUCCACCAUAACCGACGCUGGCCUAGAGGUCAUGCUGGAGCAGAUGCAGGGUGUGGUGCGCCUGGAGCUGUCGGGCUGCAACGACUUCACCGAAGCUGGGUUGUGGUCCAGCCUCAGCGCGCGCAUCACCUCGUUGAGCGUGAGCGACUGCAUCAACGUGGCGGACGACGCCAUCGCGGCCAUCUCGCAGCUGCUGCCCAACCUGGCCGAGCUGAGCCUGCAGGCCUACCACGUGACGGACACGGCGCUGGCCUACUUCACUGCGCGCCAGGGCCACAGCACGCACACGCUGCGUCUGCUGUCCUGCUGGGAGAUCACCAACCACGGCGUGGUCAACGUGGUGCAUAGCCUGCCCAACCUCACGGCGCUCAGCCUCUCGGGCUGCUCCAAGGUCACCGACGAUGGCGUCGAGCUCGUGGCCGAGAACCUGCGCAAGUUACGCAGCCUCGACCUCUCGUGGUGCCCGCGCAUCACCGACAUGGCGCUGGAGUACGUGGCCUGCGACCUGCACCGCCUGGAGGAGCUCGUGCUCGACAGGUGUGUACGCAUUACGGACACCGGCCUCAGUUAUUUGUCCACCAUGUCGUCCCUCCGCAGCCUCUACCUGCGAUGGUGCUGUCAGGUGCAGGACUUCGGGCUGAAGCACCUCCUGGCCAUGAGGAAUUUGCGUCUCUUGUCUCUGGCAGGCCCCGCGCCGGAGGCGGAGCGAGCAGGGGGAAGGCCCCGUCCCCCGCCCCCCUCCCGGCCCCGCCUCGGGCAGGGGGACGGUGCGUGGAGCCAGCUCCACGCACGCAAGCGCACUCGGGGACUUUUGUGCAUGUCCUUCGUGCCCGCACUGCACGCCCGCCCUCCACCUCGCCACAGCCGCUGCCAUCUCUCGCCCGCCCGCUGCGGGGCGCGGGGCUCGGCCUUGGGGGGCGCUUUGAGCCCGCCAGACGGCAGCCUUCGCCGCCUUCCCCGCCACAGCCCGCUCUGUCUCCCCGCUGUACCCUCAUCCCGGGCAGGGCCCAAAGGGACUCGGGGAGGGGGCCGGGUCCCCCAGGACACAGGGGCCCGGAAGAGCCCCAAGGGUUUCCCGCAUCUUCCACUGCACCGCGCCUGGAGCCCUCCGAGGGCACACGGAGCAGGCCGUGACGAGUGCCAUGGAGGCGACAGUGACUGCAGAGGCCCCGUUACACAUGAUGUGGUGGCAGGGAAGGCCUCUCUGCGACGGCGUGUGGGCCGCAUCCGAAGGGGUGAGAGAGAACGCAGCUGCAAAGAGAAGGCGCGGCGCGUGCGGAGCAGCCGCUCGGUGCUCCGUUCCGCGGCGGCACCGCCAGAGCCCUCCUGUUCUUUAAACAGCUCGAUCCUUGAAGCCCCUCUGCGCACCCGGCGCCUCAGUCUCCCGAUCCCCUGGACGCCUCUAGCCCUUGGGCCGCCUCCCCUCUCGUCCCCGAGCCCCGCCACCUUCGCAGGCCCCCAGGGCUGA